AUGGAAGCCGCCGUACAGGUCCAAACACCGCUCGACGACGGAAAUCAAGGCCUUACCGCCCCCAACGGAAUAGCCAGAGACCUGGAAUCGAGCGCACGCACACGGCGCAGCAACUACCGGCCGAUCCCGCCGCUAGACGCCGCCGAGCGACGCCGCCUGAGACGCCAGCCGAGACCGCCGCCGAACGCCGCCGCGACGCCGCAAAACAGUGACCGCCGCCGGACGCCAGGCCGAGAACCCAGCCUAGAGCAUGACGAUGGUGGAGACAGAUGCGGUGGCGGGCGCAGCUUCGGGGUUCUGAAUGAGGAAGACGGACUUCCGCGCCUCGUGUGCUCGAGUCCAAUCGAUCCAGCUUCGGGAGGAGCGGAUGGAGCGGGGGGGCCUAUCACUAAUGUUCCUCCUUCUCCUUCUAUAUCACACUCCCCGUUAUCCCUCGGCGACCCGACACGGCUGGACUGUGGCUAUGCGACACUCCGCUGGGACUUAGGCACUAAUCACCACUUUUUCCUUCCCUCGGAGGUGAUGGAGCCGGGGGGCGCGGGGGGUCUCCUGGAGCGCGCUGCUGUGAAGUCUAUUUCUGUUUUUGCCGAGUUUGAAAGUGAACCUUAA